CAGGAGCCUGUCGCCAUCGUGGGCUUCGCCUGCCGCCUGCCCGGCGGCAACCACUCGCCCCAGAAGCUAUGGGACUUUUUGGAGCGCGGGGGCAUCGCGCCCAACACGGUGCCCCUGACGCGGUUCGACAUCAAGGGCCAUUAUGACGGGUCGCACAAGCCAGGCACGAUGCGGCCCAAGGGCGGCAUGUUCCUGGGCGACGUCGACCUGGCCGACUUUGAUGCCUCUUUUUUCGAGAUAUCCGGGACCGAGGCCAUCGCCAUGGAUCCGAACCAGCGCCAGAUGCUCGAGGUUGUCUUUGAGGGCCUCGAGAACGCAGGUAUACCCCUAGAGAAGCUGGAUGGCGCGCCGGUCGCGUGCUUUGUAGGGUCUUAUGCCAGCGACUACGGCGAUAUGCAAAAUCGCGACGCCGAGGACCGGCCGGCCAACUGCCCCAUCGGCGUCGGGCGGGCCAUCAUGGCGAACCGUCUGAGCUACUUCCUCAACAUCAAGGGCCCCUCGGUCACCAUCGACACGGCUUGCUCGGGCAGUCUCGUCGGUCUGGACCUGGCCUGCCGCUCACUGCAGUCGGGAGAGGUCGAUGCCGCCAUUGUCGCCACCUCCAAUCUGUAUCUGAAUCCGGACCACGUCAUGGACGCGGGCAACGUUGGCCAGGCGCACUCGCCCUCGGCCCUGUGCCACACGUUCGAUGCGGAUGCCGACGGCUACGUCAAAGCCGAGGCUGUCAGCUGUGUCAUCGUCAAGAGGCUGGCGGAUGCGAUCCGAGACCGGGAUCCGAUUCGAGCAGUCGUGAGGGGAACAGCAUCGAACAGCAACGGGCGAACGGGAGGCAUUGCCAGCCCUAGUUCUACGGAUCAAGCAGCCGCCAUUCGGGCAGCGUAUGCGAAUGCGGGCAUCACAAACUACAACGACACGGCCUACCUUGAAUGCCACGGUACGGGCACCCAGGCAGGUGAUCCUACCGAAGUCACGGGCGCCGGCUCAGUGUUCGCGGCAACGCGCCCGGCCGACAAGCCACUCAUCAUCGGCUCUAUCAAGAGCAACGUCGGGCACUCGGAACCCGCGGCAGGCAACUCCGGACUGAUCAAGACAGUCCUGGCGAUAGAGAAGGGAUUGAUCCCGGGUACUCCGACCUUCAUGAAGCCCAGUCCCAAGAUCGACUUUAUCGGAAACAAAGUCAAGGCAUCGCGUGUAUCGCUCGCGUGGCCCGACGAAGGCUACCCGCUACGGCGCGCCAGCAUCAACUCGUUCGGUUACGGGGGCUCCAACGCACACGCCAUCAUCGAACAGGCGCCGGUUGAGGGAAGGGAAAACCACAUCUUCUCGAUCAAGACGGAUAGCAGCGCCGACGACGAGGAAGACGAGGACGACGAGGAGAUCGAGGAUACGGCGGCGCGGCGACCGUUUGUCCUCGUCCUGUCGGCCAACGACGCCGCUUCACUCAAGGGCAACAUGCAGGCACUGACCAACCACCUGGUCAAUCCGCGGGUCAAGGUGCGCCUGUCCGACCUGGCGUACACCCUUUCCGAGCGACGCACGCGGUUAUGGCACCGCGCCUAUGUUAGCACGGCCAGCACGGAAAUUGAAGAGUCCGACUUUGUGGUGGCAAGAAAGGCCCCUUCGCCGCCCAAGCUCGGUUUCGUCUUUACAGGCCAAGGCGCGCAGUGGCCUCAAAUGGGGCGAGACCUGCUGGCCUUCUUCCCAUCCAUCACACGCUCCAUCCUGGAAGAGCUUGACGCCGUGCUCCAGGCACAACCCGAGGCACCCAAGUGGUCGCUGCUGACGGAGCUGACGGAGCCCAGAAGCGCAGAGCACCUCCGCCAGCCCGAGUUUUCCCAGCCUUUGGUAACCGCGCUGCAGCUCGUGAUUGUGGCCAUCCUGGAGUCAUGGGGCGUCAAGCCCAGCAGUGUAGUGGGCCACUCUUCGGGCGAGAUCGCCGCUGCGUACGCCGCCGGCCUGCUGGACCGCGCCGGCGCCAUCAAGGCCGCCUUCUACCGUGGGCGCGCCGCCGUGAACCGCAAAGCCGAUGCCGAACCCAACGUGGGUAUGCUCGCCGUGGGUCUUGGCGUCGAGGGCGUCGCGCCCUUCAUUGAGAAGGCAGAAUACGUCGGCAAGGUGUGGAUUGCCUGCCUCAACAGCCCCAGCAGCCUGACCAUUUCGGGUAAGAAGCCUGCGCUCGAGGCGCUUGCUGAGGAACUCAAGGCGGCUGGUCACUUCGCGCGGCUGCUGCAAGUCGAUCUUGCCUAUCACUCGGCGCUGAUGAGUGUGAUCGGCGACGAGUACGAUCGUCUCCUGAGGACCGACCAGGCGUUCCAGCCCCUUAGCGACGGCAGCUUGUCUCAAGUCAGCAUGUUCUCGUCCGUCACAGCGUCCAAGAAGGAGAGCCCCGCCGAUGCGCUGUACUGGAAGACCAAUAUGGUGUCCCCUGUGCGAUUUGCCGAGGCGCUCAAAGAGCUCGUCACCAAGGACUCUCCGGACCUGCUCAUCGAGAUUGGCCCUUCGGGUGCGCUGGCGGGACCCGUGUCCCAGGUGCUCAAGUCCUUGCCCUCGGGCUCCGACGUCGCCUAUACCGCUUCGUGGUCCCGCGGCGCCAAUGCCGGCAAGUCCCUCUUUGACGUCGCCGGCCGCCUCUUCGCCACGGGGCACCCGAUCGACUUGGAGCGGGUGAACGAGUAUGAUAUAAACACAGUUCGCACCAUUGUCGACCUGCCCAACUACUCGUGGAACCACUCGGUCAAGUACUGGCACGAGAAUGCCGCCAGCAAAGACUGGCGGUACAAGCAGUUCAUCACGCACGACCUGCUCGGCAGCAAGAUCCCUGGCACAUCGUGGGAGAGCCCGACCUGGCGCAAGCAUCUGAACCUGGCCGACGUGCCGUGGCUGCGCGAUCACAAGAUGGGGCCCGACGUGCUCAUCCCGGGAGCCGGUCUCGCCACCAUGGCGCUCGAAGCCAUGUACCAGAAGCACCGGGCGCUGAACCCGGACCUUGAUAUCAGCUCACCCAACGAACUGGCGUACCGGUUCCGCAACGUCAAGUUUGACCGCGCCGUCGUGGUCGACGAAGGCAAACCCACCACGAUCAUGCUCACCUUGACCCGCGUGCCGGGCAGCAAGGACUGGCACGAGUUCCGUAUCCGCACCACAGCGGCUGGUGUUGUGUACGAGCACUGUGCAGGCCUGAUCCGCGUUCAGGAGCCCCUGGACGAGAGCGAGACGCUCAAGGGAGACGACCUUGCUCCCCUCAGGCACCCGCAGUCGGCCAAGCUGUGGUACAAGGCGCAGCGCCAGGUCGGCAUGGGCUUUGGCCCGACCUUCCAGCUCAUCAAGAGCAUCGAAUCCGUGUCCGGUAGCCGCACCUGCAGGACCAUCGUGUCGCUCGAGCCACCGCCAUCCAAGUGGGACCCACAAUCCUAUUACCCGCUGCAUCCGGCAGUGCUCGACAGCUGCCUGCAGACGGCCACGCCGGCCAACGCCGCGGGUGAGCGCAGCCUAAUCAAGGAUACCAUGAUCCCAGCCCUAGUCGACGACAUGGUCAUCAACAAGAUGCCGCGCAACCUGUACGAAGGCCUGUCUGUGGCCGAGUCCGUCUACACGGGCCGUGGCCGGCGCGACGUCGCUAAGAGCUGGAUCGCCAAUGUGGGCAUUUACGACCCGCAGACCGGCGCGCCGAUCCUGCGCGUUAGGGGGCUGAACUACGUCCGCCUCGACGUCGAUGAGAAGCCCGAUCCGCACGUGUUCCAUACCGUCACCUGGAAGCCCGAUAUCUCGCUGCUGACCCAGCAUCAGCUGACAUUCCUCUCGUCCGAGUCGGCGAGCAGGCUGGAGACGGUGAUCGAUCUGGUUGCGCACAAGAAACCCGCGCUCAAGGUGGUCGAGAUCAACCUCGACGGUGCAGACACCUCUAGCCUCUGGUUUCAGGCCGAGAGCUUGGCCCAGGCACGGCAGGCCUACACGCAGUACGACUUUGCCACGCCCGAUGCCAAGACGUUAGUCACGGUGCAGGCGGGGCACGAGGGCAAGAGGAAUGCCGCCUUCCACCUGCUCGCCCGUGCAAAGGAGGGGCUCGGCCUGCCCGUCAGCGAGCCGACAUACGAUCUCGCCAUUGUCAAGGGGCCGUCGGAAGCCGCUGCCGGGGAGAUUAUGACGAGUCUGAAGCCCCUGUUGAAGCCCGACGCGUUUGCUCUGCUGGUGGCUGGGCGCGACGGGGUCGCCGGAGCCCUUGCUGCUGGUGCGCCGGGGAGCUCCGAUGUAGAAGAAGGCUUGGAGUCCGGGUCCCCGGCCUCGCCCGAAUCUCCCGGCACGCCGUCCGAAGCUUCCUCUUCUUCUGGCGCACCCUCGUCUGAUGACACGCCCGUAAGCUCUCUUGGUACCACCCCUGGCGAUACCAGCAAAAUAUUCGGCGACAAUCACUACUUCUCAGCCCGUCGCAAGCUGCAAAGGCUUGCAAAGGCGAAUAGUAUCAGCGACUUAGCCUCUGCCCUUGAGAUCCCUACUUUACUCAGCAGCAGUCCGGCCUAUCUGUUGACCAACAACUCGACUGACGUGAAGACUGCCCAGGAUGGGCCCUGGCACCUCACCAUCGCCCUCUUCGAGGAGGAGACGGUCUCCCCACUCACACCAUCUUUGCGGUCCGCGCUCGAAACCUCUGGCUGGACCGUCAAUACUGCGCCGAUCACGAAGCUUGCGGGCCGGGAACAUGCCAAAGACGAGGACAAGUCGGCUGUACUCAUCCUGGACGAUCUUUCCAAGCCGGGCGUUCUGGCCCGUAUUCCCGAGGCGCAAUGGGACGCGCUCAAGGCGCUCAUCGCCACGGCCACCCCGCUGCUGUGGGUGACCAAGGGUGCGCAGACUUCGCACGUCACACACCCGGGCAAUGCGCUCGUGCUGGGCUUGUUCCGGGUCGCGCGGCGUGAGGACCCGCAGGCGCGGCUGCACGUGCUAGACGUGCAGAGCGCGACCUCGCCCGCGACGACGUGGGCCAUUGAGCAAGUGCUGCGCAAGAUCCGCACGUCAGGCCGUGACUCUGCCGACGUCGAGACCGAGUACGCCGAGCGCGAUGGAGUGCUGCUAGUCCAAAGGCUGGUUCCGGACACGCCCGUCAACGACUUCAAGGCCGCCGAGAGCGGCAAGGGACUGGAACCCGUGGUUAAGGGCCUGCACGCGACCGAGGCCCAGGUGCGCCUCCAGGCCGAGAAGAUCGGCACGCUACAGAGCUUGACCUGGUGCGAGACGGAUACGGGCGAAGUGCCCAUGGAAGCGGGCAUGGUGGAGAUUGAGGUCAUGGCCGUGGCCGUCAACUUCAAGGAUGUCGCUACUACUAUGGGUAUCGUUCCGGAAAACGAACACAUGAUCGGCUGCGAGUGUGCCGGCUACAUCAAGCGCAUCGGACCGGGCGUGACCAGGAACUUCAAGGUGGGCGACCGCGUCGCCGCCAUGCGGAGCGGCACCUACGUCAACCGCGUCCAGUGUCCCCAGGACCGCGUGCACGUCAUCCCGGACAAUAUGAGCUUCGAGGAUGCGGCGACAAUUCCACUGGUGUACCUGACGGCCAUCUAUGCUCUGUACCAUCUCGGAAACCUGCGGGAGGGACAGUCUGUUCUCAUCCACUCCGCAGCCGGCGGCGUGGGAAUUGCCGCGAUCCAGCUGGCCAAGUACAAGAAGGCGGACAUUUUCGUCACGGUCGGCACCGAUGACAAGCGCGAGUUCCUGGCCAAGAACUUUGAUAUCCCCGCGAACCGCAUGUUCUCUUCGCGCAACACCAAGUUCGCCGAGGAGAUCCGGCGCGAGACGGGUGGCCGCGGAGUUGACGUAAUCCUGAACUCGCUGAUCGGCGAGCUGCUCGACGAGUCGUGGCGACUGACUGCCGACGGCGGUAUCAUGGUCGAGAUUGGCAAGCGCGAUAUUGUCGACCGUAACACGCUAGCGAUGGAGCCCUUCGACAGGAACUGCUCGUUCCGGGCCGUGGACCUUUCCUACACCAAGGAGAUCACGAACGAACUCAUCGGAGACCUGCUGGAUGAGAUCUUCGACCUUGUCGAGGGCGGCCACAUCGGCCCCAUCCACCCCGUCACGACGUACGGCUUCGACAAGGUCAUAGAUGCGCUCUCGUACAUCCGCCGCGGCCAGCAUAUUGGCAAGAUCGUCGUCAGUAGCGGGGAGCAGGACGUCCAGCUGCCCAUCCGCCCGGCCGUCCGUAAGCUGCGUCUGCAGCCCGAGGGCGCCUCGUACCUCAUUGUCGGCGGCCUUAAGGGCCUCUGCGGCAGCGUCGCCGUGCACCUGGCGCGCCACGGAGCCCGCCACAUCAUUGCCCUGAGCAGGAGCGGCACAAACGACGAGGCCUCGGCCCGGGUCAUCCAGAACUGCGCGGCCUAUGGCUGUGAGGUGACAGACGCCAAGGGCGACGUGGGCGAUCUUGACUUUGUCCGGAGCGUCUUCCGAUCGGCGCGACCAAGGAGGAUUGCCGGCGUGAUUCAAGGUGCUAUGGUCUUGAGGGACAAGCCGUUCGAGACCAUGACGCACGACGACUACCAUACGGCAAUCCACGCCAAGGUGGCGGGCACGUGGAACCUGCACAGCGCCGCGCAGCAGGAGCAGAAGCAACCCCUGGACUUUUUCACCAUGCUUUCCUCCAUCUCGGGAGUCGUGGGCAACAAGGGCCAGGCCAACUACGCCGCGGCCAAUGCCUUCCUCGACGCCUUCGCGUCCUACCGGCGCUCGCUAGGGUUGCGCGCCAACACGGUCGAUUUGGGCGCCAUCGAGGACGUGGGCUACAUCGCUGAGCAGGGCAACGGCCUCGAGGCCCGCUUCGACAAGAAGCAGUGGACGCCCAUCGACGAGGGCAUGCUGCGGCGCAUCAUCAGCUACUCCGUGUUCCAGCAGGACGACGGCACCGGCGGUGCCCCACUCAACCCCACCAGCGGCGCACAGCUCAUCACGGGCCUAGCAUACCCACUAACAGACGACGGAUCCAACGACCUGGCGGGCGAGCCGCGGUUCCGGUACCUGUUCAACCGCCACGGGGCGGGCGGCAAUGGCGAUGGCAACGAUGCGGACGGUGGCAGCGGCGACAACAACAAUGCAGCCGACCAGGCCAUCAAGGCAUUCAAGGUGUUGCAGGCGUCUGGCGGCGAGCCCGCGGCGCUGAACAAGGCCGCCGUGGGCGUGCUGCAGACGCAGAUCACCAAGGUUUUGCGGCUCGAGACCGAGAUGGAGCCCGGCAAGCCGCUCAUGGCCUACGGUCUCGACUCGCUCUCGGCCGUCGAGCUCCGCGGCUGGGUGCGCCAGAAGCUGGGCGCCGAGCUGAGCACGCUCGACAUCACCAACGCGAGCUCGCUGAUUGCCCUGUGCGAGAAGUUGGUUGGCAAGCUGGUGUCGCCUGGAAUUGAGGCGGCGAAAUAGGGUUGAGGAUUAAAGGAAUUGGAUAAAGAUGCAAAAUUCCAGAACAAAGUUUGCAGCCCUCAAGUAGGCCUUGGUUAGGUGUUAGGGCUAAUGUUAUGUGGAAACCUCAACCUUGUCGGUGUUGAGGGAAGAAGGCAGGGCAUGUGAGACGCUUGGAGGGAGG